GCAAAGAAUCACACUAACCCAAACCAAAGGUCCAAACCCCAUCAAUUUCUAUAGAUUCCCCUUCUCACCAUUGAUCUACUGCAAAGUUCUGUCUCAACCCUCAUCAGCUAGUUACAAUAAGUAAUGUUUUCCUUUUUCAUUGCUAGGAGAUCGAACUGAUUAGUCGGGGAUUGAUCAUAUAUAGCACUUAUGGCCGCAAAUCAUAGAAGUGGUACAGAUCAUACAGUUAUCGAUAUUAUCGAUGACCGCGAGAAAAGCAAGAAAUGCAUCUUCAGAGUUCCUAAAGUGCUCCGGAGACGAAACCCAGAAGCAUAUACACCUGACAGUUUUUCAAUCGGACCUUAUCAUCAUUAUCGAGAAAAGCGAGGCGAGGAGGAAGGUAAAGGAGGCAAGGAAGGCAAAGGCGAGGAAGAUUUCCAACGCAUGGGAGGAGCGAAAAAGAGCUAUUUGGAUGAAAUUCUCGCGCGUAUGAAGAAUAUAACUUUGGAAGAGUUAACCGCAAAAGUUAUUGGGCGCUCAGGCCAGAGGAAUGAAAAUGAGUUUGAGGAACGAGCCCGCAGUUUUUAUGAUGAACGAUUUGAUAUUUCUCCCAAAGACUUCAUCAAGAUGAUGAUAGUUGACGGUUGCUUCCUAGUUCAACUAUUUCGGAAGUGUAACCAUCCCGAUCGCAUGGCAUUGGAUGACCCAGUGUUCACCACCGACAGCAGUUUUCAUUUCCUAUGCCAUGACAUUUUGCUCCUAGAGAAUCAACUUCCUUGGUUUGUUAUCCGCAGUUUGUAUAGCCUUACUCUUGAAAUAUACCCUGAUGAAACCUCCCUUCCUGUUCUCAUCCUUAACGCCUUCAGCAUACUAGCACCACUGAAGCAAAGUUGCUCAUCUUAUUUUAAGCAUCUCCGCAGAAACAAGUGUCAUUGUGAUGCUGAUUACCUGCACAUACUUGAUCUGGUAAGAGAUUCCAUAAUUAUUCCAAUAAAGACCAUAGAUGAGAGAGCACAGAAAGCAGCUGGUAGAAAAGCAAAACAUCAUCAAAUGCAUGCUUGGAGAAAAGACUCCAGAGGCUAUAAAGCUGCUCCUGAAGCUCUCUUUGACCCAAAACAGCAUCAAAUGCCUACUGCUACAGCUCUUUCAAAUGUAGGCAUAAAAUUCCAAUCGUCCACCAAGAGAAGCAUAAUGGACAUACGAUGGGCACCGCGCCAGAAUCUCAGAAAAAGCAUAACAGACAUACGAUUCAAAGUGCGCUGGCCAUUCAGAAAUGAAGAAGUUCUCAAAAUUCCGCAGUUAGACGUUGAUAAUUUGUUUGAAUGUUUAUUCAGGAACCUGAUUUAUUUUGAGCACUGUUGCCAUGGUUAUUCCAGCGAAAUAACAUCAUUUUCCAUCUUCAUGGAUAAACUCAUCUCUUCCAAAGAUGAUCUGGAACUACUUUGUAAGGAAAAGGUAAUUAUAGGUAGCUGGGAAAGCAAUGAAGAAGGUCGCAAGUUCUUCAGAAGUCUUUACAAGGACAUACCGCAGAAGAAUUCCGUCAAGUUCUACUAUGCGGAUCUCUGCGGGGAACUGAAUAAUAGGUACAAAACAUUGAAAAAUCACCGGCUAGGAGAGAGCACAAGACAACAAUUGAUUUGGUUUUCAAAUCCAUGGAACGCUUUUUAUGUGAUUGUUGGUAUUUUCCUUCUGCAGAUAGUUCCCACCAUACUGCAGACCACAUAUACCAUUAAGCAAUACUAUUCUCCUAGUCCUUAGUCACGGAGUUGUUAAUAAUGUUAUUUGUUGUUUAAGUAGAGUAUAAGCUUUAAAUGUGCUUCAAUUACAAAUGUAUUUUGAUGUUCUGGUUCUAGGUAUCAGUAUCUUAAACAUCUGUAGAAUUACAGAAAUUAAUAAGAGUUCGUUUGCAUUUUUGUGA